GAGUUGUAAUAAUAAAUCCGUUUAUUUGAGACAACAUGAGGUCCAAACACAAGAAGAUAAAUCACAAUUAAAAAAUAAAAUUAAUUAGCAACAAUUUGAGAUUACUGUGUUUGCGACAUACUGUCAUUUUUUCAAUUUGAUAUAAAAAAAUCAGUGACUUUCAGUGUGUAACUUUGAUUACAACGUUGUGGGGUGUUCGCCGAUCCUUUAAGAUGGAGCCAACAUUACCUUUCGUGUUGAUCAUCACCAUUUACGCGGGGAUAGCAUUUGGGGCUACGAUAGAUUCUGACGUAGGUACAAGCUCCUCAACCAUUGGCACAAAAAAAAGUUAUAUCGACCGAGGACUCAUUGGCACAACUUUAAAUGGUUCUGUCGACCAAGGACACUUUGGCACAACUUUAAAAGGAUACGUCGACCGAGGACACAUUGGCACAACUUCAAAAAGUGACGUCGACCGAGAACUCAUUGGCACAAGUUUAAAAGGUCACGUCGACCAAGGACACUUUGGCACAACUUUAAAAGGACACGUCGACCGAGGACACAUUGGCACAACUUUAAAAGGGUAUAUCGACCAAGGACACAUCGGCACAACUUUAAAAGGUUAUGUCGACCAAGGACAUAUUGGCACAACUGUAUACAAAGACUUCGACCAAGGAGGCAUUGGAUCAAUUACAAGUAAUGGUGACAGCAGGCAACGAAAUUAUGAGACGGAUGGAAGUCUUCUAAGUAAAGGAGACAAAAUGAAAGACACGAAAACCGCUUUUAUAAGAAAAAUCCGCUCAAUAAUUGCAAAUAGAGGCUGCCCUGGCGGAUACAGACCAGUGCUUUUGGACGCACACACUAAAAUAUGCGUAAAAAAGAACAAAUAUCGUAAUGAAAUGGAACAGACGACGACCACAAUAAUAGGAAAAAAGAAUUCAGAUUUCAAGCGAACGCCAAGGGCGUGUCCAAGUGGGUACAGAAUUAAACGCUUUAAAGGGACAAAAGAGUGCGCGAAAUUGACGAAGAUUCGUAAUAAGGAUGCUUUAGGACACAUUAAAAUUUUGAAAAACCCCCGACCGCGACAUAGUGGACCGAUUUUCAUGAAACAUGGCUAAGAACACUCCCGACUAACUCAGCUUUCAGA